AUGCCCCUCUUAUCGCUCCCCAAUGAGCUUCUCUUCCGCAUUGCUUACUUGCAGACCUGUCGCCUGCUCUAUUCGCUAGCCAAUCCACUACUGUUCCAUCAUGUCCAAAACCGCCAAGUCGAAGCGAUGAUGCACGCCAUGGGCUCCGGUGACCAUGUGCACCUGAAAAGACUCAUAGAAGCUGGAAUCCCCACCGAACUGUCUGGUGACUAA